CUGUUCCCAAAUACCCAAUCAUCCAAUUAGUACUUAUGUUAUUGUAUACUAUAGUUACUACAAAUGUAGUUCGAUUCUAACUUUUAUUGUAAUAACUAUUCAGAUUACUUUUAUUUUUUAAUAUUAUUUUAUAGGAAAACAUUAACAGUGUAACUGUAUAAGCCUCUGUAAAAUGGAAUAUAUACGUACAGUUAUUGGUGAAACCAACCCAUUGUUGAAAAAAAGAAAACCGCAGUAUAAGAAAUGGAACCAAAAACUGUUUAAGUGGCCUUUUAAUGUAAUUUUGUUCGGCGUAUUGUUACUGGUUGCUGUUUACGUCUUAAACAUUUUUAUUACCAAUGACACACAACCGGAAACUAGCAACGUCCCAAAAGAAAAGCCUCCAUUACACAUCACGAGUAUUUCAACGACAAACGAUGAUUUCUUAAAGAAAUGUGCCCCUAUAGUUAAAUGUGAUCCAAACGCUAAAUAUAGAAGCAUUAACGGGUCUUGUAAUAAUUUGGAAACACCUACGUGGGGUGCAGCAGCAACGCCAUUUCUUCGGUUGCUCGAUGCUAAUUUUAGUGAUGGUUAUUACGAAUUACGAGUACAGACGAAUGGAAGUGCAUUACCCUACCCCAGGGUGCUCGACGUUAACAUAUUUCUGAACCGUGAAAUAUAUAAAGCAGAUGAAAAUAAUGUUCUUUUAUUGCCAUUUGGACAAUUAUUAGCUCAUGACAUAUCGGGUUUGCCCAAUGAUCUAGUAUCAGAUGAGAAUGGUGACGCAAUAGAUUGUUGUUUGACUGAAAAUAAAAUAAAGAAUUAUGCUCAAUGUCAAAUAGUGCUUGAAAAUUUACCCGACGAUCCUGUUUAUGGUGUCCACAAUAAAACUUGUUCACCAACAUUUCGAUCACUGACGUCAAGAAAUUACAGUUGUCCGUUAUACCCCACAACAUUUAUUAAUGAUAAUUCUCAUUUUAUUGACGCAUCUGAAGUGUACGGAUCAAGUGAAGGUUAUGCACUACAUCUUAGAGCUAUGGAAGGCGGAAGACUUAAAUUCUCCAUAGGUGACAAUGGUCAAAUGUUCUGUCCAUUUCUAACCAAUCAAAACAAGGCAUCAAAGAGAAAUAAAAUACCACAUAUCAAAUACGAUACAGGGGAUCCAACUAACGGCAAUCAAAAUCUCGGAAUUACCGCAAUGCAGACUUUAUUUUUAAGGUUUCAUAAUUAUAUUGCUUUUAAGCUUUCGUCUUUAAAUCCAUUUUGGUCCGAUGAAAUUAUUUAUCAAGAGUCACGAAGGAUUGUCAUUGCAACUAUUCAACGCAUCACGUAUGAAGAUUUCUUACCGAUUAUAAUUGGUGAUGAUUUCCAAGAAAUAUAUGGAUUAAAUGAAGCAAAUAUAUACGAUCCUACCAUAAAUCCAUCCACAUCCAUUGAAUUCUCAGGUGCCGCAAGUCGAGUUCUUCACGCAAUCAUACCGGUUGAGUUCAAUCUUAUGAACAAAGACUACAAAAUAGAAAAUUCAAUAAUAAUUACUGAUUGGAUGACAAAAGCAGACCUAAUACCUUUAGGUGAUAAUUUUGAUAAACUGUUAAAUGGGUUUAUAGAGACUCCUGGUCGAAUGGUUCAACCUUCAUACAAUUUCUAUAUUUCUAAUUAUAUGCUUCCUCUACCAAACAACCCUCCAUAUAAUGGUCGUGAUCUACUUGCAAUCGAUAUUGCAAGGGGCCGUGACGUGGGCUUACAGCCAUACAAUCAAGUCAGACAUUUUUGCGGGUUUCCCUUGGCCAAGGAUUUUGAAGACUUGGCGGAUCUUAUACAUAUAAAAGAUGUAAUCAAAUUAAAAAAAAAUUAUUUUUCGGUGAAUGAUAUCGACUUAAUGGUGGGUAUUUUAUUGGAAAAACUCAGUGACGGUGCAAUCGUGGGCCCAACAGCGCGUUGUUUAAUUGCAGACGGGUUUUAUCGAUACAAAGCUGGUGAUCGCUUUUUCUAUGAUGUUCAAGGACAACCUAGCAGCUUCACCGAUGAUCAACUAAAAGUAAUUAAGAAAAUUACUCUUGGUCAAAUUAUAUGUGCUACUUCAAAUGUAGACAAUGUACAAAAAGACAUAUUUAAAACAGUCGACCACAAUUUAUUUCCAACUAUCAAAAUAAAAUGUGAUGAUGAACUAAAUUUCAACUUUACAGCCUGGGAAGAAGUAAAUUAUCAUUCAGAACUGUGAGCGAAUUGAACAGUUUGAACUAUGAAGCAAUAAGAUAAAUAUUUACUGUCUAUUAUAAUGUUAAGCCUACCAAUUAGGGUUUGCUUAGUUUGGAUAAAUACCAACCUAGUCUUUAAUUUAUUACUAUAAUAAUUAUUAUGAACAUUGGAUAUUUAUCUAUGUUUAAAUGUGUUAUUCCUAUUGGCUAUUACUACCAAAAAUGAUAUAUUAAUAAAUUAACUUCAAUAUUUGUCAUGUUGUAAUAGUUUUGUGGUUAUUUUUUGUGACACAUUAACUUUUUAUAUUGAAAAACGUAUAAUUUAUUUUUCCAGAUUAAUUUGUCAAAUACCAGAGGCUUAGUUAAGUAUUUUUUUUAAUUAUUAUUAAAUUAUUGUAAUUUUAUAAGUCAAGUAGGUAGGUUUUUGGUACCUAACAAUAAACAUACUAAUAUUGUAAUAUGUCAAAUCCAAGUUUAAUAUAAUAAACAUUUAAAGAA